CAACUAAGUAGUGUUAAGACACUACAAUAUAAAACCAAGGAAAAACCUUUCCCCCCAACCAAUGUGGGAUUUUUCCCUUUCAUUUGUUUUUCUCUCUCUCUUGUUUUUUCCCAACCCCCUUAUUUUAUAUCAAGAACUUCCAACACCACCUACUUCUUUAAUUCAUUAUACUAAACAUGUCUAUUACUAAUUUUAUUUUUUUUUAAAGUGGGUAGAAAACUGUCCCCCUUGUCCCUACCUAGCUCCACUACUUCUUAUUUAAGUGAGGGGUGAGAAACAUAAGCAUAUGUGACUAUUUGAGGGUAAAUUCAUUCAUUAAUAACAAAAUCAGUGUUACUUAGUAAAACAUGGGCGACGUUUAGUGCCCCUAAAUAAUUCAGGAGCUUCGUUGUUUGUGGAAAACGUAAAGAAAGAGCGAUCCUUUUGGAUUCUCUUCUCAAUUCUCUCUUCAAAAUUCUGGUGUUGAUCUAAAAAGGCAAAUGCAGAAAUUGCACAGACUUCGAACUUUAAAAUCCUCAAUUUGGAGGUUGGUGGGUAUGCCGGAGUUAAAGAAACGAGCUUCAAAUACGGUUUCUGCUGUUCAAGACACCUAUUUUUCUACCAAGGAUACAUUUGAGAGGCACAAGGUGGUGUUUACAGUUGGUACUUCUAUAGCAUCAGUUGGUACUGCUUGGCUUGGAUACACUUUUCGUCAUGUUCAUGAUACAAGAGUUGAUAGAAGACUUGAUUCAAUUGAACAAGCGUUGAUGUACUGGUCUGGACUACAUGAAUUCGUACCACGUGGACAGGCAGUAAAGAAGCUUCUGACAGAUAUAUACAGGAAGCAGGGAAUUGACUGCACUGACUUUUUGACGUCUUUUACUGGUGUAAACUGUUGCCUGAGCACAGCAACGGUUUCUACAUUCCUGCAGCAUGAACCUCAGCCAACAGCCACCAAAAACAUGAUCCAUUUUUCCCAAAUGGCAAGGGAUGGAACAAUAGCAAGAUAUGACUAUCUAGACCCGGAUAAGAACUUGGAACGUUAUGGGCAGACUAAGCCUCCGGAAUAUGACCUGACAAACAUACCAAACAACCUCCCAAUGUUCAUAGCUCAUGGAGGAAGGGACGAGCUUGCUGAUGUUGACGAUGUUAAGUUCCUGCUGGAUAAACUCAAAAAUCAUGAUAAAGACAAGCUAUUCCUUCAGUUUGUUGAAGACUAUGCGCAUGCUGAUUAUGUCCUGGCUAUGAAUGCUAAGGAAAUCGUUUAUGAUCUUCUCAUUGAUUUCUUUAACAAACACAGUAAAUCUUAGCAAGGGAAAUAUGUGUUAUAGUGGAUGUAUUUGAUUUUUUUUUUGGUGUUUAGAGAGCCACAAGAACGGGGUGAGAAUUGACCCCAGGGUCUCCUUGAAUCGGAAGGGAAGCUCAAUCACUCUCAGUGGAUGUAUUUGAUCACUCUAAAUAUUUUCUAGUUUGGUAAUUUUCUUAGUACGAGAGUGCAUAGUGGCUUUUUUUUUUUACAACAUCCAUAGUGGCUUUCUUACAUAGCAUGUAAUAUUGUCAAUUUUAACUUGCGUUUUGGGGCCCAAACUCCCGGACCGUGACACUAAGUCAUAAAUGUGCUUACUGGCUUACGGCAACGUUCUAUCUGAUCAAAUCUAGUGUGUCAUUUGCA